CUAGAACAGGCUCCCCAGGGAUGUGGUUGAAUCCUUACCCGUGGAAGUGAGAGAUGCGGUGCUGAGAGACGUAGUUUAGCACCAGACGUGGCAGAAUGUCGUUGGACUCGGUGGUCUGAGAGGUCUUUUCCAGCCGGACCGACCCUCUGCUCCUGCGCCAUUACGCAGAGUCCCUGAGGCCGCGACUCAAGGCCAGGCCGCUUUAACCCGCACCGACCGCCCCUGCAGCCCGUCUGCCCGGCGCCCGCCGCCCCCUGCGCCGAUCUGCCGCGGAAAGCGAUGGCCCUACCUGAGCACGCCCCGUUCCGUGGUGCCGUCGGAGCAGCGACGCCGUCACCGUUGGGUUGGGCUGUGACAUACCCAGUACGGCUAAUCUACCGCACCGUCCUGUGGCUUAUCUGGGGUUCACCUCCUGCGAUUACUCUGAAGGAUCCUGAAGUCAAGUAUGCACUGAGGCUGAUUGAUAAGGAGGAAGUUAGUCAUGACACAAGAAAGUUCCGAUUUGCUCUCCCUUCCACAGAGCAUGUUCUGGGUCUCCCUGUAGGACAGCAUAUCUACCUGUCUACACGGAUUGAUGGAGCUCUGGUUGUUAGACCUUACACUCCAGUUUCCAGUGACAGUGACAAGGGCUUUGUGGAUCUGGUUGUCAAGAUCUAUUUUAGAGGUGUCCAUCCAAAGUUUCCUGAUGGAGGGAAGAUGUCUCAGUAUUUAGACAGCCUGAAAAUAGGGGACACUAUUGACUUCAGAGGACCGAGUGGUCUACUUGUCUACAAUGGAAAAGGCAACUUUGCUAUUCGACCUGAGAAAAAAGCUGAACCGGUCAUUAAGAAAGCAAAAUAUGUGGGGAUGAUUGCUGGUGGAACUGGGAUAACGCCAAUGCUGCAGAUCAUUCGAGCAAUCAUGAAAGACAAAAACGAUCCUACCAUUUGUCAGCUUCUGUUUGCUAAUCAGACCGAGAAAGAUAUCCUGCUACGUUCCGAGCUAGAGGAGCUCCAGGUUCAGCAUUCCAGUCGCUUCAAGUGCUGGUACACACUGGACAGAGCACCUGAAAAUUGGGAUUACAGCCAAGGAUUUGUAAACCAAGACAUGAUAAGAGAUCACCUGCCUCCACCUCAGGAUGAUGUUCUGAUCCUCAUGUGUGGACCUCCUCCAAUGAUCCAAUACGCUUGCAUUCCCAACCUGGACAAACUGGGCUAUGCCAAGGACAUGAGGUUCUCCUUCUAAAGGGUACAAAUGAUCUUGUGUGUGAGGGAAGGGAAAAAACCAAAACAUGUAAUGUGGAACAGGACAAAGCUGCAGAGCUGGCUGGCACACAGUGCAUUAACAAAUGCUUCAUUUCAUUCUUAACCUCUGGCAAGUAAAACACUUAAGCUCAACUGCACUGCACAUUGCACAGUGCCAACUGUGUUUUGGAAAGGCAGGGCUGCUUAGGGCAGUAAACACUCAUUUAUACUUUCUCUUGGCACUUAACCAAAUGGCAUCUCUAUCCUACUGCCUAACAACUCUGCAUACCCAGCAUUUGAUUUGGCAUGAAGUAAGAAAAUGCAGAGAGUGUGCUGGAUUAUUCACCUUCCUUAUGCUUUUACAGUAUGAGGGCCCAGGCAGGUUUGCUUUCUUUGCAACAUCAGGGCCUUAAGGAUGCUCGUUGAGUUGAAGGAUGACAAUGAACCACUUAGGAUUGGAGUUGUCCAAGCUACCUUGUUGGUCAAAACAAGAGAGGUAGGCAGCAAUACAGGUUUGUUUCCUUUGUAUUUUAGAAUAGCCUCUCUUAAGUGCCAGCAGUUUUCUAGCUGGUCACAGUUCUCAUCCCUGGGCACUGAAAGAAACUACAGGAAGGCAGCAGCUUUCUGCACUGUUCCACAGACAGCUGGCAUUUCCUGCGUGGAUGUGUUUGGAAUACUGACAAACAAGCACUCCCAAUUUCAGUGGUUAAGUGGGUGGUGCCAGAGGAGUACAAAAGCAGUUGCUGUGCAUGUCCUGUGCAGUGCCGGGGGCUGGGGAGAGGAGGAAAGCUGGGUUCAAACUGGAUCUGGUCUCUGGUUUCCUGAAGAUAGAUUUUUUUGGAAUAAGGGGAGCUGAAGUUUCACUGCCAGGGUAGUCCAGUUGGGGGGACUCAACCUGCAUGUCUUGGUCAAGCAAAGCUCUAACAGCUUUUGUGUGCUAAGGACAUGUGGGAACAGCCUUAAGUCACCAAGCUGACAGCAAAUUGAAAUGUGUUGCUGAAUCUAAAACUGUGUCUUAGAUGCUCUUUAUUAUAGCUCUGUUUUUUACUUUUUUUGAUAACAAACACUUUCUUUUUUCACAGCAGCCCUUUUACCUUAGCCUUUAGUAAACUUAAGGCAUCACCUAUGUCAAACCUUCUGCCUAACAACAAAGAUGCUGCUGAGACUAAAGCUGUCCUGUAAGAAAUCUAAACCAGAAAUUCAUGUUCUGGUGAUGAAAUCAGAGUGACUGACAGGACAUUCAGAUAGAUAUGAAGCAAUGUGGAUGCUAGUUAGCUGCAGGUGCCUGUUUGUAAUACCAGUGUUUAACAGAUUUGGGUAGGGACUUGGGCCGUUAGCUUCCUGUGUGCCUGUACAACAGAUGAGUACUGUGCACUUGAAAGGUUAAUUUUGAGCAUUGAUUAAAAGGAGAAAAAAAGAGACUAAUUAAUUUAAUGAACCUCAGAUGGAUAAUACUGUUAUUAAUUUUAUUGGUGAGACACCUCUGAUGUCUUGAAUUUCUGAUGUAUGCUUCUGAAGCUUGUUCUUUAAUCACACAGUAGCAUCCUAGAAUGGUUAUGAUUGGAAAAGACCUUUGAGAUCAUCAAGUCCAACCAUUAUCUAACUACCAAGUCUUGUGCUAAACCAUGUCCCCUGUGCCACAAAGUUCAAAUAAGACUCAAGUUUCAGUCCCUUUUUUAAGAGGCAAAGUGCAGAAAUGUGGUUUAGGGGUGAACUUUGUUAGAGUAGGGUUAUCGGUUGGACAUGAUGGUCCCAAGGAUGUUUUCCAACCUGAAUGUUUCUGUGCUUCUGUAAAACACUCUCUGAAGUGGUCUUUAAAAAAGGAAGCCUGGUGGGUGUGUUCUCUCUUGUUUGAUUUUGUUGACUUGCUGUAUUUGGGUGCCGAGCCAAGUAGUAAACUCUCUCUUGUUCUCCCAAUCACUGCAGUCUCCUCUUUUUACCUUUGUUUCCUACAUCUUCAUUGUGACCAUGAGACUCUCUUAAAUAAAAAGAGGGAUUUUUAUAUAAUCUACUGAAACAAAA